UGCAUACUAGAGAUGGCUUAUGGUGCUCUUGUUUCACUUGCACAAACAGUAGACCAAAUCCUGAAUCAUGAUAAUUAUUCACUCUCACAUCAUCAGAGACAACAGAUUACGGCCAUCCACGAAUACGUUUUUUUCUUGCAAGCUUUUCUUGAACAUUUUCCGGACAAGGCCAACAACAACAACAACAAAAGUUUGGAAGGACAAAUAAGGUACAUAGCUAAUCAAGCCGAAAAUACUAUCGAAUAUUUCAUGUGGGAACAAAGACGGCUACUUUGCGGAAUCGUCACGUCAUGUGGUGGACGAAGACCAUCCGAAGAGAAAUCCGUACACCAUUAUUCAAGACUUGCAUCCGACUUGGACAAACUAACGGAGAAAAUCGAUUCCAUCGCUCAAGAGGCGAUGAACGUCAAGAAUAAGUACUUCGUAAUCAAAGAAAUCGGGACGGUUGAUUCAUCGUCAAGACUUGCACAAAGUACCCCAAAAAAAGAUGUUGUCACGGUCUUUGGUCUUGAUGAAGAUGUAUUAACAAUAAAGGAGCGGAUUUGUGGAGAGUCGUCGAAGCUCCAAGUAAUUCCAAUUGUUGGAAUGGGAGGUAUUGGCAAGACUACUCUCGCUACGAAUGCUUAUCAAGAUCCGUUAGUUAUCGAGAAUUUCAUGAUUCGUGCUUGGGUAACUGUGUCGCAAGAUUAUAGCCCGCAAAAGGUUGUUUCGAGCCUCGUAGAUUCCAUGAAAGAAUUAAUCAACACGGAAAGAUACCGCGGAGAGAGCGAUGAAGAAAAAGUGUACAAAUGCUUAAAGGGUAUGAAGUAUCUGAUUGUGAUGGAUGAUGUGUGGAGUACAGAGGCUUGGGACGAUGUAAGGAUGAUAUUUCCCGACGAAAACAAUGGAAGCCGGGUCGUGUUGACCACGAGGCUAUUAGAUGUGGCCGCUUAUGUCGAUUCUUCUAGCCUUCUUCACGAGAUGCAACUCAUGAAUGCCGAUCAAAGUUGGGAUCUUCUUCGGCACAGAGUGUUUGAACAAGGACCACUUUGCCCUCUUGAAUUGGAAGGGAUUGGAAAGGAGAUUGCAGGAAGUUGUAGAGGACUACCCCUUGCAAUUGUGGUGAUUGCGGGGCUUCUCUCCACAGUGAGUAAAACUCGAGCUUCGUGGGAGAAAAUUGCAGGAAAUGUGAAAUCGGCUAUUAAUGCUACGAAACACGGGCAAUUAGAGAAGAUAAUGUCUUUGAGUUACACGCACUUGCCUCAUCAUUUGAGGCCGUGCUUCUUAUACAUGGGUGCUUUUCCAGAGGAUCAAGAGAUUCAUGUCCAGAAGCUCAUCAGGUUAUGGGUUGGUGAGGGUUUUUUGAAAUAUCCAAAUGGAUCUAAAACCGUCGAAGAAGCUGCAGAAGAGUAUUUGGAGGAUCUUGUGAAGAGAAGUCUUGUUUUAGUCUCCAAGAGAAAGUUCAACGGAAAAAUCAAAAGUUGCAGACUCCAUGAUCUGAUGCGGGAAUUGUGCAUAAGAAAAUCGCAACAAGAGAGGUUUCUUCGACAUGCUAUGGUUAAAAACCAACGCCGUGUGUGCAUCGACCAAUCUAAUUUAAGUUUCCUUGAAAAUAUUUACGGCUCAACCACCCGUACUAUUUUGUGUUUGAUGCAUAGUGAAAUUAGUUCACUAGGCUGUUUAAGACACUUUCGAUUCCUUAGGGUAUUGGAUUUGGUAUUUGCUUAUAACCACAGGCGAAUGUUCGACAGCGAAGAAGUUGCUUCACUCCCACCUCAAGUGUUCGAGUUGUUUCAUUUAAGGUACCUUGCUUUCAGCUACGCCGUUGAGAUUCCACGUGCCGUAUCAAAUCUCCAGAACCUUCAAACCUUGAUCAUUUAUCUUGGGACGAAAUUUAGGUACCGCCCGAGUACGGUACGUUUACCGUCGGAAAUUUGGAGGAUGCCACAACUAAGACAUCUUAUCUGCUUCAAUUUUGAUCAACUCCCGGAUCCGCAUCAGGAGAGCGAAAUUACACGUGCGCUGCUAAAUCUGCAAACGCUAUCCAGAGUGAGAAAUCUGAAAUGUACUGAAACUAUCAUGAAAAUGAUCCCGAACGUUAAGAAGUUGGGGAUUUUUUACUCGGAAGACAAAUAUAAGCAAGAGUACCACCUCGAGAACCUCGUGCAUUUGCAAAACCUUGUGAAUUUGAAGCUAACCGUGCGUGCAAAUCUAUCUUUUCCGAAUAAGAGCCUUAACUUUCCGCAGACGCUGAAAAAAUUGUCCUUGAGCGGCGAAUCACUUCCUUGGCAGUCGACUAUGAUGAGUAUCGGUUCAUUGCCGAAUCUUCAAGUGCUCAAAUUGAGAAAUUACUGCGGCUACGCAUGGAAAACUAGCGACGGAGGAUUUCCUGAGCUGGAAUUUUUGCUAAUUGAGAGUUCAGAUUUGAGGCAUUGGAUAACUGAAAGCGACCACUUCCCGAGCCUUAAGUGGCUACUGCUUCGUCAUUGUGAACAUCUACGAGAGAUUCCGGAUGCUAUUGGAGAAAUUCCGACGCUUCAACUGAUUGAGGUCAAGGGAGGUAGCGCAUCGCUUUUCGAGUCGGCUAAAGGUAUACAAGAGGAACAACAAAGUUGGGGAAACGAGGCCCUUCAAGUUCGUUGCAUCGAGUUUAGAUCACAAUUUCAGUCUUUUCAAUUUAAAUAACUUUUACUGGUCGUAACGGAAUUUCAAUCAUUUGAAACUUUUUCCCUUCCGAAAUCUCUCUAAUCCGCACAAAUUCUCUCAAACAUUCAAAAAUCUUUCGAACUCCAGGCAUUCAAUCCAUCACUUACGACUCUCGGUUACGGUAAUUUUUAGUAACUUACUUCGUUUCUAUCAAUUUAUUUACGAAUUAGUUAACAAAUGUAGUUUUAAGAGAUCGAAAAUUAAAAAAUAAAAAUGAAUCUGCCAAGUUUUCGUUCUCUAGGGCACGAAAACCCCAACAAUUUGAAGUUUUCGUGUCUCAGAAGGAUAUUUUCUUUUCUUUUAGGAUAAAUUACAACCACCCCUGAGGUAUGGUAAAAUUACGAAAACCCCCUUCCUGAUUGAGUAAUUACAGCAAUCCAUCAACUGCAAAUUUUCUUAUACGUCCGCCCUUGCGGUUUCAAAUUUAGUGGAAUCUUCUUGAUUAUAUGGAAUAUUAUCACUUUUGUACCCGUUUUA